AAGAACUUAAAAAAACCCAACCCUAGAGCAUCUCUGUAGGCUGAUGCUGGGAAGACAGAAAUUGCCUCAUUAACCUAAGUGAGUGGGGAGAGACAGAAGCAAACCCUCAGAAUGGAGGAAGAAGAAUAUGAGGAAGUUGUGGAGUACUACAUUGAGGAGACAGUUAUUGAGGAGGGCGAGCCACAUGAGGUGGUCACUGAGAUCACUGAGACCAUCAGCACAGACUACUCAGUCCCUGAGACCACCACAACCACCACCUACACAGCUGAGCACAGCCAGCCCUCCGGGGAGGAUGCAGCCCCUCCCAUCAGGAAGAAGACAAUCCGAACAAAAGUGGACCCAUCCAAGUUUCUGACACCUUACCUGGAACACAGCAAUAAAAUGAAGGACUUAUUCAGUGAGAACAAGUACAAGGAAAAAUUCAGAAAAGAAAAAGGAAAGCCAUAUGCUUCCACAGUCGAUACCCCAGAAAUCCGGAGGAUCAAGAAAGUGCAGGACCAGCUCAGUGAGGUUAAAUACCGCAUGGCUGGGGGAAUUGCCAGAACCAUUUGCCACGUGGAUGAAAAGGCCAUGGAUAUAGAGCAUGCAAAGAAAGUGUCACAGCAAGUGAGCAAGGUAUUAUAUAAACAGAACUGGGAAGAGAAUAAGGACAAGUACCUGCUUCCCCCUGAUGCUCCGGAGCUUGUGAACGCCAUAAAAAACACAGCAAUGUUCAGCAAGAAACUCUAUACUGAAGACUGGGAUGCAGACAAAACAUUGUUUUAUCCCUACAAUGACAGUCCAGAGCUCAGAAGGGUGGCAGAGGCUCAGAAGACUCUGAGUGAUAUUGUCUACAAAAAGGGGCACGAUGAAAGGAAAGCAAAAUUCACCUCUCUGCCAGACCCCCCUGAUGUGGAACAAGCCAAGAAGGUGUCACGGCAGCUGAGUGAUGUUAUUUACCAUGAGGACUAUAAAAACAAAAUCAAAGGCAAGUGGAGUCAAACUCCGUGCUAUGACGUGGCAGUUGCAAAAAUGAACGCAGAAAAUCUGAGUAUGAGGAAAUACCAGGAAGACUUUGAAAACAUGAAAGACCAAAUCUACUUCAUGCAGACUGAAACUCCAGAAUAUGAAGCCAACAAACGAGCUUCAGAAAACGUCAGCAAGUUCAAAUACAGAGCGGACUAUGAAAAGAAGAAAGCUAUUGCAGAUUAUAAUGUGCUCCCUGCUACAGAGAACCCAUUGCUGAAGCAAUUAAAAGCUGCAGGAAAUAUUCUGAGUGAUAAAUUAUACAAAGAAGCCUAUGAACAGUCCAGAGGAAACAAGAUGAAUUACUGUGAGACACCCAAGUUCCAGACUGAUGCUGCUCUGAAGAACUUUAGUGAUGUUAAAUAUAAAGAUGCAUAUCAGAAGAAUAUUUUGGGGCACUACUUGGGCAGCUUUGAGGACCCCCAUCAAAUCCACUGCAUGAAGGUUGAAGCUAUGAAAAGUGAUAAAAAUUACAAAGCAGAUUAUGAGGAGGAAAAGACAAAGUGCUACUUCCCUCAGACCAUAACUCAAGAGUAUGAAGCAAUCAAGAAGUUGGAGCAAUGUAAAGAUUACACCUACAAAAAGCAUCCUGAUCAAACCAAAUUCACUUCAGUGACUGACUCUCCAGUACAGAAACAGGCAGAGAUCAACAGCAAACAGCUGAGUGAUAUAUUGUAUAAAUCCAAAGGGGAAGAAAUUAUUCACAAGUACCACCUCCCUCCUGAUGUGCCCCAGUUCAUCCAGGCUAGAGUUAAUGCCUACAACAUCAGUGAUGCUAACUACAAAGCAGACUGGAAGAAAACCCUUGCCAAAGGCUAUGAUCUGAAACCAGAUGCCAUUCCAAUUAUUGCUGCUAAAGCGUCUCGGAAUAUUGCAAGUGAUUACAAGUACAAGGAAUCCUACGAGAAAGACAAAGGCAAACAGGUCGGGUACCGGAGCCUGCAGGAUGAUCCCAAACUUGUUCACUACAUGAACGUGGCCAAAAUCCAGUCGGAUCGGGAAUACAAGAAGGAUUAUGAAAUCACCAAGACCAAAUAUCACGCUCCUCUGGAUAUGUUCAGUGUGACAGCUGCCAAGAAGGCCCAGGAAGUGGUGACAAACACUGGCUAUAAGCAGCCAAUUCACAAUUACACCCUCCUGCCUGAUGCUGUGAACCUGGAGCUCUCCAAAAAUGUGAUGCAGCUUCAGAGUGAUAAUCUGUACAAAUCUGACUUCAAUAACUGGCUGAGAGGAGUUGGCUGGGUCCCAAUUCAGUCACUGGAUGUAGAAAAGGCCAAGAAAGCCACGGAGAUUCUCAGUGAGAAGAAAUACCGCCAGCAUCCCGACCAGCUCAAGUUCUCCAUCCCCAUGGAUGCCAUGGAACAAGUGCUGGCAAAGCAAAAUGCCAAGACCAUGAACAAGAGGCUGUACACAGAUAAGUGGAACAAAGAGAAGACCAGCAUUCAUGUGAUGCCAGACACCCCAGAAAUCCUGCAGUGCAAAGUGAACCAGAUGACCAUGAGUGAUAAACUUUACAAAGCUGGAUGGGAGGAGGAUAAGAAGAAGGGUUAUGACUUGCAGCCAGAUGCAAUUCCAAUAAAAGCAGCCAAGAGCUCCAGGGACAUCGCCAGUGAUUAUAAAUACAAACUGGCCUACGAGAAGGCCAAAGGGAAGCACAUCGGCUUCCGCAGCCUGGAGGACGACCCCAAGCUGGUGCACUUCAUGCAGGUGGCCAAGAUGCAAUCUGACAGGGAGUACAAAAAGGGUUAUGAGAAGGCCAAGACUAACUUCCACACUCCAGUUGACAUGGUCAGCGUGGUGGCAGCCAAGAAAGCUCAGGAAGUGGCUACCAAUGCAAACUACAAGAACUUAAUCCACACCUACAACGUCCUGCCAGAUGCUAUGAGCAUUGAGUUGGCCAAAAACAUGAUGCAGUUACAAAGUGAUAAUCAAUACAAAGCAGAGUAUGAUGAAACUAUGAAGGGUGUUGGGUGGCUCCCACUGGGCUCCCUGGAAGCUGAGAAGAACAAAAAAGCCAUGGAAAUUGUGAGUGAGAAGAAAUAUCGCCAGCAUCCAGACAAAUUGAAAUACUCUGUUCCUAUGGAUUCCAUGAACAUGGUCUUGGCUUUAAAUAAUGCCAAAAUCAUGGAUGAGCACAAGUACAAACAAGCCUGGGAAGAAGACAAAAAGAAAAUUCACAUCACUCCAGAUAUUCCACAGAUUGUUUUGGCAAAAGCAAAUGCAUUCAAUUUAAGUGAAAAAAUGUACAGAUCUUCAUUUGAAGAAACCAGGAAGAAAGGAUAUGAUCUCAGGGCUGAUGCUAUUCCUGUCAAAGCUGCCAAAGCUUCGAGGGAUAUUGCCAGUGAUUAUAAAUACAAAUUAGGGUAUGAAAAAGACAAAGGGAAACUCGUCGGCUUCCGCAGCCUCCAGGAUGAUCCCAAACUUGUCCAUUGCAUGCAAGUGGCCAAGAUGCAGUCGGACAGGGAGUACAAGAAGGCCUAUGAGGAGAGCAAGACUCAUUACCAGACACCUUCUGAUGCCCUCAGCGUGGUGGCAGCCAAGGAGGCCCAGGACCGUGUCACCAACACCAACUACAAACGCCUGAUCCACCAGUACAUGCUCCUGCCAGAUGCAAUGAGUCUGGAGCUGUACAGAAACAUGAAUCAGAUCCAAAGUGAUAAUGAGUACAAGCAGGACUACAAGGAGUGGUUCAGGGGGAUUGGUUGGAGUCCCAUUGGUUCUCUGGAUGUGGAGAAAUCAAAGAAAGCCACGGAGAUUGCGAGCGAUCGGAAGUACCGCCAGCACCCCAGCAUGUUCCGCUUCACCAAACAGAACGAUGCCAUGGACCUGGUUCUUGCCAAGCAGAAUGCAAAUAUCAUGAACAAACAUGCUUAUACUGAAGCCUGGGAGAAGGAUAAAACUCAGGUCCAUGUGAUGCCAGACACACCAGAUAUUCUACAGGCCAAACAGAACAAGACAAACUACAGCCAGAAACUCUACAAGCUUGGCUGGGAGGAAAUGAUAAAGAAAGGCUAUGACCUCACACCUGAAGCCAUGUCAGUGAAAGCUGCCAAAGCUUCGAGGGACAUUGCAAGUGAUUUCAAGUACAAAGAAGGAUACCGCAAGCAGCAGGGACAUCACAUCGGGUUCCGCAGCCUGCAGGAUGACCCCAAGAUGUUGUGGUCCAUGCAAGUAGCUAAAAUGCAGAGUGAGAGGGAGUACAAGAAAGACUUUGAAAAGUGGAAGACCAAGUUCAAUAUGCCUGUGGAUAUGCUGGGUUUCCUUCUAGCCAAGAAGUGUCAGGAGCUGGUCAGUGAUGUGGACUACAAACACAUACCGCACCGCUGGACUUGUCUGCCAGACCAGGUCGAUGUCACCGAGGCAAAGAGGGUCAACGAGCUGCAGAGUGAUAACCUGUAUAAGUCAGAUCUACAGUGGCUCAGAGGCAUUGGAUGGAGUCCUUUGGGAUCUCUGGAAGCUGAAAAGAACAAGAAAGCUUCUGAAAUACUGAGUGACAAGAAGUACAGGCAGCACCCAGACACAAUUAAGUUUACAAGUAUCCCAGAUGCCAUGGAUGUUGUUUUGGCAAAAUCUAAUGCCAAAAAUAGGAGUGAUAUACUCUACAGGGAAGCUUGGAACAAGGACAAGACUAAGGUUCACAUCAUGCCUGAUACUCCUGAAAUUUUGUUGGCUAAAUCAAACUUGAUUAACACAAGUGAUAAACGUUACAAGGUAGGAUAUGAAGAGCUGAAGAGGAAAGGCUACGACCUCCCUCCUGAUGCCAUCCCCCUCCAGGCAGCCAAGGCUUCCCGAGACAUAGCCAGCGAGUACAAGUACAAAACCGCAUACAGAAAACAGCUGGGCCACCACAUUGGGGCCAGGAACAUCGAGGAUGAUCCCAAGAUGAUGUGGUCGAUGCACGUGGCCAAGAUCCAGAGUGACAGGGAGUACAAGAAGGACUUUGAGAAGUCCAAGACAAGGUUCAGCAGCCCCGUGGACAUGCUGGGAGUGGUGUUGGCCAAGAAAUGCCAGGAGCUGGUCAGUGAUGCCGAUUACCGGCACCCUCUGCACCGCUGGACGUGCCUGCCGGACCAGAACGAUGUUGUCCAUGCCAAGACAGUGUAUGACCUGCAGAGUGAUAAUGUGUACAAGUCUGACCUGCAGUGGCUGAGGGGCAUUGGCUGGUCCCCAAUUGGAUCACUGGACGUUGAGAAGAACAAGAGGGCGAGUGAGAUCCUGAGUGACAAGAAGUAUCGUCAGCACCCAGACACCAUCAAAUUCACCAGCCUUCCUGACUCGAUGCCCAUGGUGCUGGCAAAGCACAACUCCAAAAUCAUGGACCAACGCUCGUACAUCUCAGCCUGGGAGAAGGACAAAACCAGCAUUCACAUCAUGCCGGACACCCCUGGGAUCCUGCUGGCCCAGCAGAACAAAGUGAACUUCAGCGAGAAACUGUACAAGCAGGCGAUGGAGGAGGAGAGGAAGAAGGGCUACGACAUGCGGGCAGAUGCCAUUCCCAUCAAGUCUGCCAAAGCUUCCCGGGACAUCGCCAGUGAUUACAAGUACAAGGAAGGGUAUCGCAAACAGCUGGGCCACCACAUUGGGGCCAGGAACAUCGAGGACGACCCCAAGAUGAUGUGGUCGAUGCACGUGGCCAAGAUCCAGAGUGACAGAGAGUACAAGAAAGCCUUUGAGAAGUCCAAGACCAACUUCAGCAGCCCUGUGGACAUGCUGGGAAUUGUGUUGGCCAAGAAAUGCCAGGAGCUGGUCAGUGAUGCUGAUUACCGGCACCCUCUGCACCGCUGGACGUGCCUGCCGGACCAGAACGAUGUUGUCCAUGCCAAGACAGUGUAUGACCUGCAGAGUGAUAAUGUGUACAAGUCUGACCUGCAGUGGCUGAGGGGCAUUGGCUGGUCCCCAAUUGGAUCACUGGACGUUGAGAAGAACAAGAGGGCAAGUGAGAUCCUGAGUGACAAGAAGUAUCGUCAGCACCCAGACACCAUCAAAUUCACCAGCCUUCCUGACUCGAUGCCCAUGGUGCUGGCAAAGCACAACUCCAAAAUCAUGGACCAACGCUCGUACAUCUCAGCCUGGGAGAAGGACAAAACCAGCAUUCACAUCAUGCCGGACACCCCUGGGAUCCUGCUGGCCCAGCAGAACAAAGUGAACUUCAGCGAGAAACUGUACAAGCAGGCGAUGGAGGAGGAGAAGAAGAAGGGCUACGACAUGCGGGCAGAUGCCAUUCCCAUCAAGUCUGCCAAAGCUUCCCGGGACAUCGCCAGUGAUUACAAGUACAAGGAAGGGUAUCGCAAACAGCUGGGCCACCACAUUGGGGCCAGGAACAUCGAGGAUGAUCCCAAGAUGAUGUGGUCAAUGCACGUGGCCAAGAUCCAGAGUGACAGGGAGUACAAGAAAGCCUUUGAGAAGUCCAAGACGAACUUCAGCAGCCCUGUGGACAUGCUGGGAAUUGUGUUGGCCAAGAAAUGCCAGGAGCUGGUCAGUGAUGCCGAUUACCGGCACCCUCUGCACCGCUGGACUUGCCUGCCCGACCAGAACGAUGUUGUCCAUGCCAAGACAGUGUAUGACCUUCAGAGUGAUAAUGUGUACAAGUCUGACCUGCAGUGGCUGAGGGGCAUUGGCUGGUCCCCAAUUGGAUCACUGGACGUUGAGAAGAACAAGAGGGCGAGUGAGAUCCUGAGUGACAAGAAGUAUCGUCAGCACCCAGACACCAUCAAAUUCACCAGCCUUCCUGACUCGAUGCCCAUGGUGCUGGCAAAGCACAACUCCAAAAUCAUGGACCAACGCUCGUACAUCUCAGCCUGGGAGAAGGACAAAACCAGCAUUCACAUCAUGCCGGACACCCCUGGGAUCCUGCUGGCCCAGCAGAACAAAGUGAACUUCAGCGAGAAACUGUACAAGCAGGCAAUGGAGGAGGAGAGGAAGAAGGGCUACGACAUGCGGGCAGAUGCCAUUCCCAUCAAGUCUGCCAAAGCUUCCCGGGACAUCGCCAGUGAUUACAAGUACAAGGAAGGGUAUCGCAAACAGCUGGGCCACCACAUUGGGGCCAGGAACAUCGAGGAUGAUCCCAAGAUGAUGUGGUCAAUGCACGUGGCCAAGAUCCAGAGUGACAGGGAGUACAAGAAAGCCUUUGAGAAGUCCAAGACCAACUUCAGCAGCCCCGUGGACAUGCUGGGAAUUGUGUUGGCCAAGAAAUGCCAGGAGCUGGUCAGCGAUGCCGAUUACCGGCACCCUCUGCACCGCUGGACGUGCCUGCCCGACCAGAACGAUGUUGUCCAUGCCAAGACAGUGUAUGACCUGCAGAGUGAUAAUGUGUACAAGUCUGACCUGCAGUGGCUGAGGGGCAUUGGCUGGUCCCCAAUUGGAUCACUGGACGUUGAGAAGAACAAGAGGGCAAGUGAGAUCCUGAGUGACAAGAAGUAUCGUCAGCACCCAGACACCAUCAAAUUCACCAGCCUUCCUGACUCGAUGCCCAUGGUGCUGGCAAAGCACAACUCCAAAAUCAUGGACCAACGCUCGUACAUCUCAGCCUGGGAGAAGGACAAAACCAGCAUUCACAUCAUGCCGGACACCCCUGGGAUCCUGCUGGCCCAGCAGAACAAAGUGAACUUCAGCGAGAAACUGUACAAGCAGGCAAUGGAGGAGGAGAGGAAGAAGGGCUACGACAUGCGGGCAGAUGCCAUUCCCAUCAAGUCUGCCAAAGCUUCCCGGGACAUCGCCAGUGAUUACAAGUACAAGGAAGGGUAUCGCAAACAGCUGGGCCACCACAUUGGGGCCAGGAACAUCGAGGAUGAUCCCAAGAUGAUGUGGUCAAUGCACGUGGCCAAGAUCCAGAGUGACAGGGAGUACAAGAAAGCCUUUGAGAAGUCCAAGACCAACUUCAGCAGCCCUGUGGACAUGCUGGGAAUUGUGUUGGCCAAGAAAUGCCAGGAGCUGGUCAGUGAUGCCGAUUACCGGCACCCUCUGCACCGCUGGACGUGCCUGCCGGACCAGAACGAUGUUGUCCAUGCCAAGACAGUGUAUGACCUUCAGAGUGAUAAUGUGUACAAGUCUGACCUGCAGUGGCUGAGGGGCAUUGGCUGGUCCCCAAUUGGAUCACUGGACGUUGAGAAGAACAAGAGGGCAAGUGAGAUCCUGAGUGACAAGAAGUAUCGUCAGCACCCAGACACCAUCAAAUUCACCAGCCUUCCUGACUCGAUGCCCAUGGUGCUGGCAAAGCACAACUCCAAAAUCAUGGACCAACGCUCGUACAUCUCAGCCUGGGAGAAGGACAAAACCAGCAUUCACAUCAUGCCGGACACCCCUGGGAUCCUGCUGGCCCAGCAGAACAAAGUGAACUUCAGCGAGAAACUGUACAAGCAGGCAAUGGAGGAGGAGAGGAAGAAGGGCUACGACAUGCGGGCGGAUGCCAUUCCCAUCAAGUCUGCCAAAGCUUCCCGCGACAUCGCCAGUGAUUACAAGUACAAGGAAGGGUAUCGCAAACAGCUGGGCCACCACAUUGGGGCCAGGAACAUCGAGGAUGACCCCAAGAUGAUGUGGUCAAUGCACGUGGCCAAGAUCCAGAGUGACAGAGAGUACAAGAAGGACUUUGAGAAGUCCAAGACGAGGUUCAGCAGCCCUGUGGACAUGCUGGGAGUGGUGUUGGCCAAGAAAUGCCAGGAGCUGGUCAGUGAUGCCGAUUACCGGCACUACCUCCAUGAAUGGACUUGUCUGCCUGACCAGAAUGAUGUGAUUCAUGCCAAGGAAGCCUACGAGCUCCAGAGUGAUAACUGCUACAAGUCUGACCUGGAGUGGCUGCGGGGCAUUGGCUGGGUCCCAAUUGGUUCCUUGGAAGUUGAGAAGGCCAAGAAAGCAGGGGAGAUCCUGAGUGACAAAAUUUACCGCCAGCAUCCAGACACCAUCAAAUUCACCAGCAUCCCAGACUCUCUCCCAAUGGUGUUGGCCAAGCAGAAUGCAGACACCAUGAACAAGCGUUUGUAUACUGAGGCCUGGGAUAAAGACAAGACACAAAUCCACAUCAUGCCUGACACGCCUGAAAUCACACUGGCAAGAGAGAACAAGAAAAACUACAGUCUGAAACAAUACAGACAGGCCAUGGAAGAUUCAAAGAAGAAAGGCUAUGAUUUGAGAGCUGAUGCCAUCCCCAUCCAAGCAGCCAAAGCAUCCAGGCAAAUUGCCAGUGAUUACAAGUACAAGGAAGGAUAUCGAAAGCAGCUGGGCCACCACAUCGGGGCCAGGAACAUCGAGGACGACCCCAAGAUGAUGUGGUCGAUGCACGUGGCCAAGAUCCAGAGUGACAGGGAGUACAAGAAGGACUUUGAGAAGUCCAAGACAAGGUUCAGCAGCCCUGUGGACAUGCUGGGAAUUGUGCUGGCCAAGAAGUGCCAGCAGCUGGUGAGCGACGCCGACUACCGGCACUACCUGCACCAGUGGAUCUGUCUGCCCGACCAGAACGACGUGAUCCACGCCAAGCAAGCCUACGAGCUCCAGAGUGAUAACUGCUACAAAUCUGACCUGGAGUGGCUGCGGGGCGUUGGCUGGGUCCCAAUUGGUUCCUUGGAAGUUGAGAAAGCCAAGAGAGCAGGGGAGAUCCUGAGUGACAAAAUUUACCGCCAGCAUCCAGACACCAUCAAGUUCACCAGUGUCACAGAUUCCUUGGAGAUGGUGUUGGCCAAGCAGAACGCAGACACCAUGAACAAGCGUUUGUACACUGAAGCGUGGAACAAAGACAAGACCUCGAUUCAUGUCAUGCCUGACACCCCAGAAAUCCUGCUGGCCAAACAGAACCGAGUGAACUACAGUGAGAAAAUGUACAAACUGGCCUUGGAGGAGUCAAAGAAGAAGGGCUAUGAUUUGCGUUUUGAUGCCAUUCCCAUUCAGUCUGCCAAAGCCUCCAGGGAGAUUGCCAGUGAGUACAAGUACAAGGAAGGAUAUCGGAAGCAGCUGGGCCACCACAUUGGGGCCAGGAACAUCGAGGACGACCCCAAGAUGAUGUGGUCGAUGCACGUGGCCAAGAUCCAGAGUGACAGGGAGUACAAGAAGGACUUUGAGAAGUCCAAGACAAGGUUCAGCAGCCCCGUGGACAUGCUGGGAAUUGUGUUGGCCAAGAAGUGCCAGCAGCUGGUGAGCGACGCCGACUACCGGCACUACCUGCACCAGUGGAUCUGUCUGCCCGACCAGAACGACGUGAUCCACGCCAAGCAAGCCUACGAGCUCCAGAGUGAUAACUGCUACAAAUCUGACCUGGAAUGGCUGCGGGGCAUUGGCUGGGUCCCAAUUGGUUCCUUGGAAGUUGAGAAAGCCAAGAGAGCAGGGGAGAUCCUGAGUGACAAAAUUUACCGCCAGCAUCCAGACACCAUCAAGUUCACCAGUGUCACAGAUUCCUUGGAGAUGGUGUUGGCCAAGCAGAACGCAGACACCAUGAACAAGCGUUUGUACACUGAAGCGUGGAACAAAGACAAGACCUCGAUUCAUGUCAUGCCUGACACCCCAGAAAUCCUGCUGGCCAAACAGAACCGAGUGAACUACAGUGAGAAAAUGUACAAACUGGCCUUGGAGGAGUCAAAGAAGAAGGGCUAUGAUUUGCGUUUUGAUGCCAUUCCCAUUCAGUCUGCCAAAGCCUCCAGGGAGAUUGCCAGUGAGUACAAGUACAAGGAAGGAUAUCGGAAGCAGCUGGGCCACCACAUUGGGGCCAGGAACAUCGAGGAUGAUCCCAAGAUGAUGUGGUCGAUGCACGUGGCCAAGAUCCAGAGUGACAGGGAGUACAAGAAGGACUUUGAGAAGUCCAAGACAAGGUUCAGCAGCCCUGUGGACAUGCUGGGAAUUGUGUUGGCCAAGAAGUGCCAGCAGCUGGUGAGCGACGCCGACUACCGGCACUACCUGCACCAGUGGAUCUGUCUGCCCGACCAGAACGACGUGAUCCACGCCAAGCAAGCCUAUGACCUGCAGAGUGAUGCUGUUUACAAAUCAGACCUGGAAUGGCUGAGAGGCAUUGGAUGGGUUCCUAUUGGUUCCUUGGAGGUUGAGAAAGCCAAGAAAGCUGGAGAGAUCCUCAGUGACAGGAAGUAUCGGCAGCCUGCAGACAAAAUCAAAUUCACCAGCGUGACCGAUUCCUUGGCCAUGGUCUUAGCCAAGCAAAAUGCUGAGAUCAUGAACAAGCGCUUGUACACGGAAGCGUGGGAUGCAGACAAGAAGUCCAUCCAUGUCAUGCCUGACACACCUGACAUUCUACUAGCAAAGGCCAACGCAGCCAACGUUAGCAAAAAACUUUAUAUACAAGCCUGGGAAGAGGCCAAAAAGAAGGGUUAUGACAUGAGAGCUGAUGCAAUUCCAAUCAAAACUGCAAAAGCAUCAAGAGAUAUUGCGAGUGAAUACAAGUACAAAGAAACCCAUGAGAAGCAGAAAGGCCACUACAUCGGGUGCCCCAGUGCCAAGGAUGACCCCAAGCUGGCGCACGCCGCGCGCGCCAUGGCCCUGCAGAAUGACCGCCUCUACAAGAAGGCCUACAACGACUCCAAGACCCAGAUCCACAUCCCUGUGGAUGCCCUGUCAGUGCAGGCAGCCAAGGAGUGCCAGACCCUGGUCAGUGACAUUGACUACAGGCAGUACCUGCACCAGUGGACCUGCCUUCCUGACCAGAACGACGUGAUCCAUGCACGGCAGGCCUACGACCUCCAGAGCGAUAACGUGUACAAGUCCGACCUGGAAUGGCUGCGAGGCAUUGGCUGGCUGACAGAAGGGUCUGUGGAUGUGGUCAAAGCCAAGAAGGCCCAGGAGAUCCUCAACGACCGCCUGUACCGCACGCGGCCGGAGCAGCUGAAGUUCACCAGCAUCACCGACUCCCCAGACGUUGUCCUGGCCAAGACCAACGCCAUGCAGCUCAGUGAUCGUCUGUAUCGUGAGGCCUGGGAUAAAGACAAGACCCAGAUUUCCCUCCCUUCAGACACUCCUGUCAUGCUGCAGUCAAAAGUCAAUGCUCUCAACAUCAGCAAUAAACAUUAUCAGAAAGCCUGGGAUGAGGUCAAGGCGAAAAGCUACGACCUAAGAGCAGAUGCCAUUCCCAUCAAACAAGCCAAGGCCUCCAGAGACAUUGCCAGUGAGUACAAGUACAAAGAAACCCAUGAGAAGCAGAAAGGCCACUACAUCGGGUGCCCCAGUGCCAAGGAUGACCCCAAGCUGGCGCACGCCGCGCGCGCCAUGGCCCUGCAGAAUGACCGCCUCUACAAGAAGGCCUACAACGACUCCAAGACCCAGAUCCACAUCCCUGUGGAUGCCCUGUCAGUGCAGGCAGCCAAGGAGUGCCAGACCCUGGUCAGUGACAUUGACUACAAGCAGUACCUGCACCAGUGGACCUGCCUUCCUGACCAGAACGACGUGAUCCAUGCACGGCAGGCCUACGACCUCCAGAGCGAUGCUGUGUACAGGUCAGACCUGGAGUGGCUCCGUGGAAUUGGGUGGUUGCCCAACGACUCUCCAGAAAUUAAGAGGGUGAAGAAUGCCCAGGAUCUCCUGAGUGACAACGUGUAUAGGACCCCCAUUGACAGUGUGAAGUACACCAGUGUUGUGGAUUCCCCAGAUGUUGUUCUGGCCAAAACCAACGCUGAACAGAUCAGCAUUCAAAAAUAUAAAGAAGCCUGGGAAAAGGACAAGACUAUGAUCCACAUCAUGCCAGACACCCCUGAAAUCAACCUAGCCAAGGCUAAUGCUGUUAAUUACAGCCAGAAACAAUAUAAAGGAGCUUGGGAUGAGCUGAAGAUGAGCUACGAUUUGAGAGCAGAUGCAAUUCCAAUCAAGACAGCCAAGGCUUCUAGAGAGAUUGCCAGUGAUUACAAAUACAAGCUGGAGCACGAGAAGCAGAAAGGACACUACGUGGGAGUGCCGAAUGCAAAGGGAGAUUCCAAAAUCCAGUUUGCCCUGGACGUGGCCAAAGUUCAGAGUGAACGAGAGUACAAGAAGCACUUUGCCAAGCAGAAGACCCAGUGCCACCUGCCAGUGGACAUGAUGUCCAUCGUGUCAGCCAAGCACGGGCAGGCCCUGGUGAGCGACGCCGACUACCGGCACUACCUGCACCAGUGGAUCUGCCUCCCUGACCAGAACGAUGUCAUUCAUGCCAGGCAAGCCUACGACCUCCAGAGCGAUGCUGUUUAUAAAGCUGAUUUGGAAUGGCUGCGGGGAAUCGGAUGGUUGCCAAAUGAUUCCCUUGGAGUCAAACAUGUCAAAUAUGCUGGAGAUCUCCUGAGUGAGAGGAAGUACCGCACGAAAGCUGAAACUCUCCCGUUCACUCCCGUGGCUGACAGAGUUGAUUAUGUCACAGCAAAGAAUAGCACUGAAAUCCUCAGUGAUAUUAAAUACCACAAAGAAUGGAAUGAGGCCAAGACAAAUUACACUCUCACAGAUACACCACAGCUGGACAUGGCCCGAGAGGCAGCCAGAAUUCUAAAUCAGAAUUUGUACAAGGAAAGUUGGGAGAAAGAAAAAGCCACUGGUUACCUCCUGCCUCCUGACACGGUGCAGAUUACUCAUGCCAAGCACUCGAGUGAUGUCCAAAGUGAGCUGAAAUACAAAGCUGAGUAUGUCAAGCAGAGAGGUCACUACGUGGGAGUUGCCAAGAUGAGGGAUGACCCCAAGCUGGUGUGGUACGAGCACGCGGGCGAGAUCCAGAGCGACAGGCUCUACAAAUCAGACUACAACAAAACCAAGUCCAAAAUCCACAUACCUUCAGAUGCCAUGGCAGUUGUGGCUGCAAAGGAGGGCCAGAACUUGGUCAGUGAUGUUGACUACAGGCAGUACCUGCACCAGUGGACCUGCCUUCCUGACCAGAACGACGUGAUCCAUGCCCGGCAGGCCUACGACCUGCAGAGUGAUAACAUUUACAAAGCUGAUUUGGAGUGGCUCCGUGGCUGUGGUUGGAUCCCUCUCGAUUCAGUGGAGCAUAAGAAGGUUAAGAAUGCACAAGAACUGAUAAACAAGAGAGCAUACACAAAAGAAGCCCUGGAGAACUUUUCCAAAUACACCAGUGUGGUUGACACUCCUGAGAUCACUUUGGCAAAGAUGAACUCUGUCAAUCAGAGUGAUCUAAAAUACAAAGAAACAUUCAACCAGGAGAAAGGCCAGUACAUUGGCUCUGAUGAUACUCCUGCUCUGCACCAUGCCAAAGACAUGGCCUUGCUCCACAGUGAGAAACAUUACAAGAAAGCUUGGGAGCUGAGCAAGCCCAUUGGAUACUCUCUGGAUGAGAAAUAUGUUCCACUUGUGGGAGCCAAACAUGCAAACCAAAUCAACAGUGAGCUUAAAUACAAGGAAAUAUAUGAGAAGCUGAAAGGCCACUACCUGGCUGGGAAGGAUAUUGGUGAUUUCCCCAGUGUCAUUCACUCCCUGGAAUUCCAGAAGAUGAGGAGCGCGCUGGCCUACAGAAAGAACUAUGAAGACACCAAGAAAAAUGUCCAUAUCCCCACGGACAUGAUGAACCACGUGCUGGCCAAGAAGUGCCAGUACAUCCUCAGUGACCUGGAGUACCGCACCUACUUCCACCAGUGGAGCUGCUCCCCUGAGGAGAACGAUGUCAUUCAUGCCAGGAGAGCCCAGGAGAUCCUGAGUGAUUCUGUGUAUAAAGAUGACUUAAACUGGCUGAAGGGACUUGGAUGUUAUGUCUGGGAUACUCCACAAAUCCUACAGGCUAAGAAAUCCUAUGACCUGCAGAGCCAGAUAAAAUACACCUCUGCAGGGAAGGAGAACUUCCAGAACUUCAGUGUGGUUACAGACACCCCUGUCUAUGUGACUGCUCUGCAAAGUGCUGCCAACGCCAGUGAGGUGAAGUACAAGGAGGAAUUCCACAAAACUAAGGACAAGUACACAACUGUGACUCAGACAGUGGAUUCAGAAAGAGUUCAGAGUUUGAAACAUCUCUAUAGUGAUAAUCUCUACAAGAAGGCCUGGGAUAAGGUGAAGGCCACCAGCUAUGCACUGCCCUCAGAUACUGUAGCCUUGGCACGUGCCAAAGAGCUGAAGCACAAUGCAAGCAUUGUCAAAUACCGUGAGGAAUAUGACAAGUUCAAAGCCCUGUACACCCUCCCCAGAGGUGUUGAGGAUGAUCCCAACACAGAAAGGUGCCUCAGAGUUGGGAAGCUCAACAUUGAUCGCCUGUACAAAGAGGCCUAUGAGAAGACCAAAGCCAAGGUGCACAUUGUGCCAGACAUGGUGGACAUCAUCUCAGCCAAGGAUGCCCAGAAGAAGAUCAGCGAGGUCGAUUACCGCACGCGGCUCCACGACUGGUUGUGUCUGCCAGACCUGCAGGUCAACACCCACGUGAGAAGAGUCACCGACCAAGUCAGUGAUGUGAUCUACAAGGAUGAUCUGAACUGGCUGAAAGGCAUUGGCUGCUUUGUCUGGGACACUCCUGAAAUCCUCCAUGCCAAGCAAGCCUAUGACCUUCGCAGUGAUAUUAAGUACAAAUCUAAGGCAGAAAAAAUGAAGAAGGACUUCACUGUGGUCACAGACACUCCUGUCUAUGUCCAGAAUGUGCUCAGUGCCUUGAAUUUAAGUGAAGCUGUCUAUCGUGGUGAUUACAAGAAGAAUGUCCAAGGCAAGAUGAUCCCCACUGAUAAAACAAUGGACCUGGAGCGGGCGUACAAUGCAAACAAAAUCCAGAGUGAGAAUUUGUAUCGCUGGGCUGGUGUGAAUGCUCUGCCCACGGGGUACAGCCUGCCCACGGACACUCCCAACUUCCAGCACGCCAAACACGUCAAGCACAUCAGCAGCGAUCUGAAAUAUAAAGAAGCCUAUGAACACAUGAAGGCCAAGGGCUACACUCUGGGACCCAAAGAUGUUGGCUUUGAAAAUGUGAGGAAAGUCAAUCAAGUCAUUAACGAGAGGCUGUACAGGGCAACCUACCACAAGAACAAGGACAAGAUUCACACCACCCCUGACACGCCCGAAAUCCGCCAAGUCAGAGCCACCCAGGAGGCUGUCAGCGAUCUGAUCUACAAGUCAGAUUUCUUCAAGAUGCAGGGCCACCUGAUCUCCCUGCCCUACACCCCUCACGUGCUGCACUGCCGCUACGUUGGGGACAUCACCAGUGACAUUAAAUACAAAGAGGACCUGAGGUGGCUGCAGGGCUUGGGCUGCUUCCUCUAUGACACUCCUGACAUGGUCCGUGCCCGCGAGCUCCGCAAGCUCUGGUCUAAUUAUGUCUACACAAGUACUGCCAAGAAAAUGUGGCCUAAAAUCCAGGUGGUGUUGGAUACUCCUGGGUACAGAGCAGUGCAGGAACUAAAAACCCAUCUGAGUGAGCUGGUUUACAGAGCUGCAGGCAAUGAGCUGAAGACGAAAUACACUUCUGUCCUUGAUACACCUGACUUCAUAAGAGCCAAGACAGGACAAAAAAUACAGAGCCAGUACUUGUACGUGGAGCUUGCCACAAAGGAGAGACCCCACCAUCAUGCUGAUGGUCAGACUCAAGCCUUUGCACAUGCCAGGAAUGUCAAGGACAUGAUCAGUGAGAAAAAGUACAAAAUCCAGUAUGAGAAGAUGAAGGACAAAUACACCCCUGUCCCUGACACCCCAGUGCUGAUCAGAGCCAAGAGAGCCUACCUGAAUGCCAGUGAUCUGCGCUACAAAGAAACCUUUGAGAACACCAAGGGCAAAUACCACACGGUGAAGGAUGCUCUGAACAUUGUCUACCACAGGAAGGUCACUGAUGACAUCAGCAGUGUGAAGUAUAAGGAGAAUUACAUGAGCCAGCUGGGGAUCUGGAGAUCCAUCCCAGACCGGCCUGAGCACUUCCACCACCGCCUGGUCACGGAUGCCAUCAGUGAUGUUAAAUACAAGGAAGACCUGGAAUGGCUCAAAGGCACUGGCUGCUAUGUGUGGGAUACUCCAAGUUUUGUCCUGGCAGAGAAGAAUAAAGUGCUCUACAGUGGGUGUAAGUACAAGGAGAACUUUGAGAAGACCAAGUCCAAGUUCAAGUAUGUGGCUGACUCUCCAAGCAAUGAACAUUUUAAAUAUGCAACUCAGCUGAUGGAUAUGAAAUUAUAUAAAGCAGCCUAUGAGAAGCUCAAAGAUAGGUACAGCGUUAUUGUGGAUGACCCCAGGAACCUGCUGGCCAAGUGGGGCAGCACCCUGAGCAGUCAGAAAAGCUAUAAAUCCUUUGCCAAGAUGCUCCAGCAGCACGGAUGCAAUGAAAUUCUGAGGCCAGAUAUGCUGACAGCACUCUACAACACAUUCCUGUGGAGCCAGAUUCAGUACAAGAAGGACUAUGAGAAGAAGAAAGACAAAUACACCACAGUUCUGGAUACUCCAGAGUAUUUACGGACCACAAAGGUCAACAAGCAGAUCAGUGACAUUAUUUACAAGCUGGAGUACAACAAAGCCAAGCCCAAGGGCUACACCACCAUCCAGGACACGCCGAUGCUGCUGCACGUGCGCAAGGUCAAGGACAGGAUCAGUGACCUGAAAUACAAAGAAAUGUACGAGAGGAGCAAAUCUCGCUGCAACGUCGUGGCAGAUUCAGUUCACAUCAAAACUCCCAGGCACGCCUACAAACUGAACAGCAACCUGGAUUAUAAGAAGAAAUAUGAAGCAGCCAAAGCCCACUGGCACCUGAUUGCUGACAGGCCUGACUUUGUCCAAGCAGCCAAGUCCUCUCUGCAGCAGAGUGAUUACGAAUACAAACUGGACCGGGAAUUCCUCAAGGGGUGCAAACUCUCUGUCACAGAUGAUAAAAACACAGUGUUGGCCCUCAAUAAUGCCAUCCUGGCCAGUGAUAUAAAAUACAAAGAGAAGCACAACAAAGCCCGUGGGACCUACCACGUAGUUCCAGACACCCCUCAGAUCCUGCUGGCUAAGAACGUCAGCUCUCUGGUGUCUGAGAACAAGUACAAAGAGCAGAGCAAGAAGCAGCUGCCCCAUGGCUCCUUCACCACCCUGCCCGAGACCAGGGACACUGUCCACGUCAAGGAGGUGACCAAGAACGUCAGUGAGACAAACUACAAGAAGAAGUUUGUGAAGGAGAAAGGCAAAUCCAAUUAUUCUGUCAUGCUGGAGCCUCCUGAGGUGAAACAUGCCAUGGAAGUGGCUAAAAACCAGAGCACAAUUGAAUACAAGAAAGAUGCCAAAUCCAAGCUCCACUACACCCCUAUAGCAGAUCGACCAGAUAUCAAGAAAGCAACUCAGGCUGCCAAGUUAAUCAGCAAUAUUGAGUAUAAGAAGCGUGGAGCAGCAGGUGUGGGUGUGACCAUGCUGGGACGUCCAGACAUUGAGCUGGCCAAGGAGGUGUCCAAACUGACCAGCCAGGCAGAGUACCUCAAACAACACAUGAGAGGCCACGGAGCUGCUUCCUAUGACACCCCCUGGAUGAGAACCUUUAAGAAAGCAAAUAUGCUAAGUAGUCAUGUGAAAUACAAGGAGAACUUUGCCAAAGAGUUGGGUAAAAAGCCAAAAUACGAUUUGAAGGAGGCCAAAAUCUACAAGACCCUGAAGGACGCCCACAACAUGGCCAGUGAGGUGAAAUACAAGGCAGACCUGAAGAAGCUGCACAAGCCCGUGACGGACAUGAAGGAGUCGCUGCUCAUGAACCACGUGCUGAGCACGAGCCAGCUCGCCAGUGCUUACCAGUACAAGAAGCAGUAUGAGAAGAGUAAGGGUCACUACCAUGUGGUGCCAGAUAAUCUUGAACAGGUUCAUCUCAGGGAGGCCUCAGAGCUCCAGAGCCACGUGAAAUACAGAGAAAAGUAUGAGAAGGAGAAAGGAAAGCCCAUGUUGGACUUUGAAACUCCCACAUACCUGACUGCAAAGGAGUCUCAGCUCAUGCAGAGUGAGAAAGAAUAUAAGAAGGACUUUGAAGAGUCCAUGAAGGGCAGGAACCUCACUGGCCUGGAGGUCACACCAUCCCUCUUGCAUGUCAAAUACGCCACCAAAAUAGCGAGCGAGAAAGAGUACAGGAAGGAUCUGGAGGAAGGAGUCAAAGGGAAAGGACUGACAGCCUUAGAGGAGACUCCAGACAUGCUGAGAGCCAAGAAUGCCACUCAAAUCCUGAACGAGAAGGAGUACAAGCGAGCCCUGGAGCAGGAGAUCCGCGGGAAGGGCCUGACCGAGCUGGCGCUGGAGACGCCGGAUUUCGUGCGCGCCCGGAACGCCACCGACAUCGCCAGCCAGAUCAAAUACAAACAAUUGGCAGAAAUGGAGAAAGCCAACUACACCAGUGUUGUUGAUACUCCAGAGAUUAUUCAUGCCCAGCAGGUCAAGAACCUUUCCAGCCAGAAAAAAUACAAGGAAGAUGCAGAGAAGAGCAUGCCCUACUACGUGCCUGUGGCUGACACACCAGAAAUGCAACGGGUCCGAGAGAAUCAGAAGAACUUUAGCAUGCUUCAGUAUCAGUCAGACCUACAGAACAGUAAAGGAAAAGUCACUGUGGUUCAGGACACCCCAGAAAUCCUGAGGGUGAAGGAAAACCAGAAGAAUUUCAGCUCGAUUUUGUAUAAAGAAGAUAUUGGAACUGGAACCACAAUUGAAAAGACCCCAGAGAUGCAGAGAGUUAAACGAACCCAGGAUAAUAUCAGCUCGGUGAAGUACAAGGAGAGCAUUGGCAAAGGGACUCCCAUUCCUGACCUGCCCGAGGUGAAGCGCGUCAAGGAGACCCAGAAGCACAUCAGCUCGGUGUUGUACAAGGAGGAGCUGGGCACAGGCACCCCCACGCCCGUGACCCCAGAAAUGGAGCGGGUCAAACGCAACCAGGAGCAGAUUAGCUCGGUGUUGUACAAGGAGGGUUUAGGGGCUGGCACUGCCACGCCGGUGACGCCGGAGAUGGAGCGGGUCCGACGGAACCAGGAGCACAUCAGCUCGGUGUUGUACAAGGAGGGGCUGGGGGUUGGCACCCCAGUUCCUGUCACUCCUGAGAUGGAGAGGGUCAAACGCAACCAGGAGAAUUUUAGCUCGGUGUUGUACAAGGAGGAGCUGGGGACAGGAACCCCCACCCCUGUCACCCCCGAGAUUGAGAGGGUCAAACGCAAUCAAGAACACAUUAGCUCGGUGUUGUACAAGGAGGAGCUGGGGACAGGAACCCCCACCCCUGUCACCCCCGAGACUGAGAGGGUCAAACGCAAUCAAGAACACAUUAGCUCGGUGUUGUACAAGGAGGAGCUGGGGACAGGAACCCCCACCCCUGUCACCCCCGAGAUUGAGAGGGUCAAACGCAAUCAAGAACACAUUAGCUCGGUGUUGUACAAGGAGGAGCUGGGGACAGGAACCCCCACCCCUGUCACCCCCGAGAUUGAGAGGGUCAAACGCAAUCAAGAACACAUUAGCUCGGUGUUGUACAAGGAGGAGCUGGGGACAGGAACCCCCACCCCUGUCACCCCCGAGAUUGAGAGGGUGAAACGCAAUCAAGAACACAUUAGCUCGGUUCUGUACCGGGAGGAGCUGGGCUCGGGCACCCCCAUCCCGGUCACUCCCGAGCUGGAGCGGGUCCGGCGCAACCAGGAGCACCUCAGCUCGGUGUUGUACAAAGAGAGCGUGGGGACAGGGACCCCCACUCCUGUCACCCCCGAGAUGGAGAGGGUCAAACGCAACCAGGAGAUUUGCAGCUCGGUGUUGUACAAGGAGAACAUAGGGAAAGCCACCCCCACGCCCGUCACUCCCGAGAUGGAGAGAGUCAAACGCAACCAGGAGAUCAUUAGCUCGGUUUUGUACAAGGAAAAUGUGGGGAAGGUGACCCCGACCCCCAUCACCCCCGAGAUGGAGAGAGUCAAACGCAAUCAAGAGAUCAUUAGCUCGGUGCUGUACAAGGAGCACAUGGCCAAGGGAACUCCGACCCCGCUGACGCCGGAGAUGGAGAGAGCCAAACGCAACCAGGAGAACAUCAGCUCGGUUCUUUACUCGGACAGUUUCCGCAAGCAAGUCCAAGGAAAAGCCGCCUACGUCCUGGACACGCCGGAGAUGCGGCGCGUGCGGGAGACCCAGAAACACAUCUCCACUGUGAAGUACCACGAGGACUUUGAGAAGAGCAAAGGGAGCUUCACACCCGUGGUGACCGACCCCAUCACGGAGCGCGUGAAGAAGAACAUGCAGGACUUCAGUGACAUCAGCUACAGGGGCAUCCAGAGGAGGGUGGUGGAGAUGGAGCGGAAGCGCGUGGACCAGGACCAGGAGAACCUCACAGGGCUCAAGGUGUGGAGAACCAACCCCGGCUCCGUCUUCGACUACGACCCCGCCGAGGACAACAUCCAGUCCCGGAGCCUGCACAUGAUCUCAGUCCAGGCGCAGCGCCGCAGCCGGGAGCACUCGCGCUCUGCCAGCGCCCUGAGCAUCAGCGGCGCGGCCGACGAGAAAUCCGAGCCCUCGGAGGGCACCGACCAGCGCCUGUCCUACUACAGCAACGGGGGCUUCUUCACCACCACAGCCACAGUGGGCUACAAGCAGGUCAAGACCAUUGAGCUGCCACAGCAACGCUCGUCCUCAGUGGCCACCCAGCAAACCACGGUGUCCUCGGUGCCUUCCCACCCCUCCACUGCUGGGAAGACGUUCCGGGCCAUGUACGACUACACGGCGGCGGACGCGGACGAGGUGUCCUUCAAGGACGGGGACACCAUUGUCAACGUGCAGGCCAUCGACGAGGGCUGGAUGUACGGCACCGUGCAGAGAACCGGCAAGACCGGCAUGCUGCCCGCCAACUACGUGGAGGCCGUGUGAGCCCGGCCUGCCCCGGGCUGGGACAGCUCCUGGGGGCUGGGACAGCUCCCCUGGGGGCUGGGACACCGCCCCAAGCCCUCCUGGCCCCCUCAGCCACAACAGAAAUAACCACAGAGCAAAAGCCACCUGGAAUAUUUCACACAAUGUUUCCAGAAGUGCCUCUAAGCACAUCCUGCCCUUCUCCCAAUGCCAAACAGCCCAAACAUUUCAUCACAUACUAAAGACAUUACACAACAUCUCCAACAUCCCAUUGCUAAAGACUAACACACACAUUUAUAGGAUUCAUUCUCCCACAGAGAAUUUUUCUGGGCUGUUCUAAAAUGUUUAAAUCUCUUCAUUUGGUUUUCCAUUUAAGCUUUGUAUUUCAACCCAAUUUAUUCGGGGAGGGAAAAGCAACCAACCUCUCCUGCUUGCUGAGCUCUCAUGAAUGUGUUCUCCUGCAACCAUUCUGGGGGCAAAAGCUGUGAUUUCUUGUAAAUUAGUGAAGAAUAAAGCUGAGGUUUCUGCACUAUG